GCGCAAAACGCUGCGAACCGGGCAUACGGUCAGUCCGGCCAGCGUGAGCGCCUCCAGCACGUCUCCUACUGCUGCGCGGAGCCAGCCCUACAGCUUGACCCCAGAGACGUCCAAGCCUUGCAAAGCUGCAGCCGGCUGCCGCGACGCCAAUCGGGGACGCGCGCGCGAUAGGGAGGCUCUGAUCGCGCCGAAGACGCGACCUUGGGCGACGCGUCGACUGCGCAAAAAGCUUGCUGCAAAACAGCCACGUGCGCGACGAGAGCAAUGUCAAACCUCGCCCUAUUACCGCCCACGGCCCACUGCGCCGUCGCCGACCGCGUCGAGCCCUACGGCCUCGUAGCCAACGGCUACGGCCCCUGCACGGCGCUCUCAUUAGAUAAGAGCGGCCGCCACGUCGCCGCCGGCUACGAGCGCGGCGCGCUGUUCGUCUGGGAUCUCAGCGUGCGGGACGCGGCGCCGGCGCGCGCGGCGGUCGCGGCGCACGCGGCUGGCGUGCGCGCCGUGACGUGGCUCUCCUCGACGAGCCUCGCGACGAGCGGCGGCGAUCAGAGCAUAACGGUCUGGCGCCUGCAUUUGGGACGAGGCCGGCUGUUCUGUCGCGCGCGCGCGGCCUUUGACGGCGUUUCGUUGGAUUCAUAUGAUCGCUCGUUGUUGGCCGUAUCUACACAAGUCCCGCCGCGCGUCUUUGCCUGCCGCGACCUGCCGCUCGGAAAUGAAACUGAAUUUGAGGUCGGCGACCGCGUCCAGGCGCGGUGGAAUGGGGAGCCCACAUGGUAUGUCGGGACGCUUACGUCCGUAAAUCCCUACGCUAUUGACUACGACGACGGCGACCACGAGGAUGAUGUGGACUUGUCAUUAAUUCGCGCGUCGCGCCUGCCGGACCCGCCCCGGUACCCGACGCCCGAUGCCGCGCCGCCGACCUGUUCCACAGUACUAGAGGGGCGCGACGUCGGCGCCCUCUGCGACGUGGCCUGUUUUGCGAACGACGGCGUCUUCGCGGCCAAGGGCGAGGACUGCUGGUGCGGCGAGGCAACUCUAAAAUUGCAUGGUAAAGUAAAAGCCGUCGCUUCUGCGUCAAAACAUGUCGCUUGUGCCUGCAGUGACGGCGCCGUGCGCAUCCUCAAGGUGGAUACAUCUAUCAUAUUGUUACAUUCCCUGAGGAACCCCAUCGACAAGGUCCAGUUCUCUUCACCAAGUUUCGGCGCCGGCGGCGAGCAUUUGGUAGCAGCGGCGCACGUCGGGUCGCAGGUCCAAUUUUACGUGUGGGAGGUCCAGAGCGGCCACUGUCUGGCGCGGCCGCGCGACGACGACAAGGACUCGCAGGACCGCGGGCCAAUUCAAGCACUCGCGUGCCACGCGAACGGGGCCGUGAUCUGCACGGCGGCCGCGCACGCGUCCCAGCACGCGAUCCGCGUCUGGGCGGCGCCCGACGGUUUUAGUUGGCGGGCCUACGCGCCGAACUUUGAAGAAUUACACGAGAACAUUACUUAUAACGAGCGCGAGGACGAGUUCGACACGACCGUGGAUAGCAAGGCCCCGUCGCAUCCGCAAGCGGAGAUUGAGGCGCUGCUGGGCGCGCAUGGGUGCACUCUAGACGAUGUUUUGAGGGUGGAACCGACGGUCUUCGACGCGGCGUCGGGCGAGUGGGUGCCGAACGCGGACGGGACCGAGGAGCUCGCCUUCGACGAUACGUGGUCGGCGCCGGAGCGCGCGCGCUUCCGCCGGGCGCUCGCCGCGCUGCAGGGCGAGGAUGAAGCGGAGGCGCCGGCGGCCGUGGAGGUGGAGGUCGUCGCGGAGGAAUCGGAGCUGCUCGACGCCGUCGGCCUCCCGCCGCGGUCGCGGUCGCGGUCGCCCUCGCCCGCGCCGUCCUGGUCGUCAGAGGAGGACGAGGAGCCGCCCGCGUCGCCGGCGUCGUCGCCGUCGCUGCCGUCGUCGUCGCCGUCGCUGGAGCCGGCCCCGAAGGUGACGCCGCCCUCGCCGCCGGCCUCGCCGCCGCGGGAGACGACGAAGGCGUCGCCGCUCCGAGUGAAGCAGGUCGCUCGGCAGAGGAAGACCGCGCCGCCGCCUCCAGCCGUUGGCGGGGUCGCGGCGGCACCCCCACGGCAGAGGAAGGCCGUGCCGCCGCCACCGCCGCCGCCGGCCGUUGUUGAGCUCGCGGCGGCACCGCCGCUCCAUCGUGCCACGCCCGCGGCCGGCGACUGGCGCAUCAUUGGCGCGCAUGUACAAGAUUCCGACGAUGCGACGGUGCGCGGCGUCGUGACCGAUUGCACCCACGCUUUCAAGGAAGUAACGACGACGACUGGCUCCGUGGUGAUGAUGCGACGCUCAAAAUUGACGCGAACGACGCUGACGGACGAGGAAGUUGCGCUCUGCGCGCGCCCAACGUCACUGAAGGACUACGUGCAAGCACGGAUUGACGGCACGAUACGGGUGAGCCACGGCGAGAACGGUCGAGAAUUUAAGAACUGCUACACGUGCGCGGACGGCACGGAGCGGCGGCAAUUCGAGGUCAAGGCUACUCAUGUUCGGUGUGCCCUCUGUGGUGAUGCGCAUACGUGGUCCUUGGAAACCGACUCCCUAGUUCUCUUGAAUUCUCUCAAGCAGCACUGUGGCCAGACAAAAAGCAAUCUCCUCUGUGUGCAGCAGCACCUCGACCGCCUCGACCAGUCUGUGGGCGCGGGCGCCGAGCAGUCGCUUGAGUCCGACGACGAUGACUCGGAGGACGUCCAGUCCGCAUGCGCGGAGUCCGAGAAUGACGAGUUGGACGACGAGUGGGGUGCGGAGCAGCGGCCGACGCGCCGGCACUUGGUCGCCGCGGCGGAGGCGGCGCCCGCUGAGCAGUCAAGCGAGGACGAGGACUUGGCCACAUUGCGCAAAGCCAAGCCGACGAAUAAACCGCGCGACGCGUCGAUGGCGCCGGAACCGGUGACCAUCAACGCGCACAGCUGGCGCUGCGUCGGAGCGCACACCGAGGACGCCAACGAUCCGACGGUCCGCGGCAUCAUCACGAGCUGUCCCAGCACAUCAACCCGGGAAGUGACGACGACGACGGGCACCGUUGUCAUACUGAAGACCACUGAGAUCAUACAGACGACGUUGACGGACGACGAGGUCGCGCGGGCUGUGCGCCCGACAUCCAUGAAGGACUACGUGCAGGCGCGCAUCGACGGAACCAUCGAAACCCGCUGCGGCGGCCGAGACUACAAGAAUUGCUACACGGCCGCCGACGGCACGGCGCGGUGCCAGUUCAAAGUAACCGCGACUCACGUCCAGUGCGCCAUCUGCCCGGACGCGCCGACGUGGUCCUUGGAUGCCGACUGUGUGAGACUUCUCAAGGAGCACUGUGGCCAAACGGGGGGUAGGGUCAAACACGUCCGGAGCCUCGAGGCAUCGCUGGCGUCGCGCGCGCUGCCGUCGCCCAAGAAAGCGCCGCCGAUGUCGCCCGCGCCGAUACCGAAGCGCAAGAAGCCGUCGCCCCUCGCGACGGAGAAGAAGGCCUCGCCCCUCGCGACGGACCCGCGGAAGCGCGCGAAGCAGCUGUCGGGCGCCGAGGCCGCGCAGGCGCGGGCGGAGGCCGUCUGGGCCGGCCUGACCGCGCCGUCCGCGCCGCCGCCGCCGCCAACGUUUCCGCCGUCGCCGCCGCCGCAUCCGCCUAUCUACUUCGACGUCUACACGAUUGACGGCCUCGGCGGCACGCAGCUCUUCGGGCGCCUGGACCUGUCCGGCGCCGAGCGGCUCACGUUCGGCCGCGACGGGGAGCACGUCGACGUGCCGCUCGACCACGUGUCCAUCUCGCGCCACCACGCGACGAUCCGCUUCGAGGGCGACGUGACCUACAUCGCGGACAUGAAGUCGAACAACGGCACCUUCGUCGUCACGGCGCCGGGCGAGGCCGAUGAGCGCGUCACGACGUCGCGGCUCCGCGAGGGGAGCGUCCUCCGCUUCGGUCUGUCGCCCUACCGCUACGUCCUCCGGCGCAGCGAGGACGGGCUGCCGCGGCCGGCCGGAGACACGUGGCCGCGGCUGGCCGAGAUCGGGUCGAGCGGCGCGAAGCGCGGGGCGCCCAUCCCGAAGAAGCCGGACGCGCCGCCGAUCCCGAAGCGGGUGCGGCCCGAGUCGCUCGCGGCCGUGCCGCCGCCGCCGUCACACGACCGGCGCGGCGACUGGCGCGGGCGGGCGCCGCACGAGGGCGAUCGCGAUCGCCGCGGGCCGUCGACGAGUCCCCGCGCCAACUUCGGCGAGCGCCUGGCGGACCGCGCGGCGCGCUUCGGGCCGCCGCCCGGUCCGCCCCCGUUCGAGGCUCGCCUGGCCGACCGGGCGGCGCGCUUUAGCCCUCCGCCGAGUCCCCGCGGCAACUUUGGCGAGAAAAAAGCGGCCCGCGCGGCGCGCUUCGGGCCUCCGCCCGGCCCGUCUCCCUUCGAGGCGCGCCUGGCGGACCGCGCGGCGCGCUUUAGCCCUCCACCGAGUCCCCGAGCGGGCGACGCGGGCGGUGGCCACCGCGGGCCGCGCGGGCCGGAAGCGCCACACGGCUUCGGGCCGACGGCACUCAGCGAGGCCUUGAGCCACCGCCUCAACGCCGACGCGCUGCGUGCGCUCGCCGAGCUCGAGACGGCCGACGCCGACGCAGUCUUGCAGCGGCUCGAGAAGGCCGGCUCGACCGUGCGCAAUCCGUCGACCUGGGUAUGCCAGGCGGCCAAAACGCUACUCCGCGCCUACGCUGCCAGGCGGCCGCCUCACCAAAAGCCCCCGGGCCCGCCCCCUAGAAGGAGAGGCGUCUGCCAGUGGUUCGACCCCGAAAGAAAGCACGGCUUCAUCAAGCCCGACGGCGGCGGCGCCGACCUCUUCGUGCACCAGAUGGACCUGCGGGCCGGCACGGAGAUCACGGAAGGCGACGCCGUCGAGUUUGGGACCGCGGACUAUCAAGGCAGGGAGAAGGCCGUCGACGUCACCAAGGUUGAACGAUACGCCGCCUGGGGGGUGGGGCCUCUUCCGGACGGCGCAAACCCCAGGAAAGUUUCCGUGGGGAAUAUCAUAUACGAGGCGAGCGAGUCAGAGAUCAAGGCCUUCUUCGCAGCCGUGGGGGAAAUGACCGAUGUGCAAUAUCCACUAGAUGCGACCGGCCGCCCCAAAGGCAUCUGCUUCAUCACGUUUGCGUCUGCCGAAGCUGCGAGCCGGGCCAUCGCCACGAUGAAUAACGCGGAGUUUGGGGGAAGAAAGCUCCGCGUGGGUUGGCCGCAGUUCGACCGCUGCCAGUUCUCGCACGAUGGGCCUCAGGGUCGCGGUCGCGGCGGCUUCGCGGGAACCGUCCUCGCGAGACACUGCGCCGAUGCUCGAUCUGCGGCGCCGGGCGACGGCCACCGCGAGCCGCGCGGGCCGGCACCGCCGCAUGAUUUCCCGCCACGCCGCUUCGGGCCGACAGCACUCAGCGAGGCCGUGCGUCGCCGCCUCCACGCCGACGCGCUGCGUGCGCUCGCCGAGCUCGAGACGGCCGACGCCGACGCCGUCGUCCAGCGCCUCACGCAGAAGGGGGCGGAGGUGCUCAACCCGUCGGCCUUUGUGUGCCAGGCGGUCAAAACGAUACUCCGCGACAGGCGUGACGGCUUUGCGCGGCCGGGCGUUGUGCCGCCUCUUCCGGACGGCGCGAACCCCAGGAAAGUCCGCGUGAAGAAUAUCACCUUUACUGCGAGUGAGCCAGAGAUCAAAGCCUUCUUCGCAGCCGCGGGGGAAAUGACCGAUGUGCAAUUGUGCAGAGGCCACUGCUUCAUCACGUUCGCGUCUGCGGAAGCCGCGAGCCGGGCCAUCGCCACGAUGAAUAACGCGGAGUUCCAGGGAAGAAAGCUCCGCGUGGGUUGGCCGGUAUUCGACCGCUGCCGCGGAGGCUUCGCGGGAGCCGACAUCGCGAGACACUGUGCCGAUGGUCGAUCUACGGCGGCGGGCGGGCGGGAACCACCGCGCGUCCCGCUCGACAGCCUCCAGCGCCUACCGCCGCCGAGCGCGCGGGGCAACAUGGCGCCGCGGCCCGACUAUCCCCGACCGGACCAGCGCCGCGGUCUGGGCCCCGACGAGUGGAUUUGUGGUGCUUGCGGCGGCGACAACUUCGCCCGGCGCCGUGAGUGUCGCCGGUGCGGCACGCCCAAGUCGUCGGGCGAGCACUGGGAAACCAACUACGGGUUUCAAGUCCCGCGGCCGACGCCGCCGCGCCGCCGCAGCAGCAGCCGGUCGCGGUCGCGGUCGCGCGAGCGGCGCGGCCGGCGCGGCCGUCGUUCCUAA